CUUCACCAUUUCAACAGUACGCAGAGAGCUCUCAUGUCGUUAGCAGUUCUGCUGAAACAAUAAAAGUAAAAGUCAUCUGAAAUCAUGAAUGCCUUUACCGUUUUUUGUCCUGCUUUGCUGAUCUGGUCGUGCCACAUAAAGAAAAGUUGGUCCAAUGAGACAACUGAAUACCUAGCGGAAGAAAAAUCCACAAAAGAGUAUGAGUAUUCCACAGAGAUGGUGGACUACAGUGGGCUUGAAAUGAUGUGUGAAAAGGCCGCCAACCGUUACUUCCGUGCCUGGUUCCUGCCCACCAUCUAUACAAUCAUCUGCCUCCUGGCCCUCAUGGGGAACUUUCUGGUCAUCCUAACCUACCUUUACUUUAAGAGGCUGAAGACGAUGACCGACGUCUACCUGCUCAAUCUAGCCAUGGCUGACUUACUGUUUGCAAUUUCUCUUCCCUUCUGGGCAGCCAGUUUCAUGAGCAAGUGGCAUCUGGGUCUGUAUCCAUGCAAGGCCAUGUUUACCAUCUACAAGGUCAGCUUCUUCAGUGGCAUGUUCCUGCUCACCUGCAUCAGUGUAGAUCGCUACUUCUCCAUAACGAAGGCUGUCUCUGCUCAUCGCUGCCGCUCCAGUGCAGUCUAUUAUGGACAGGUGUCUUCUCUGGUUACCUGGGUGAUGGCAGCGACCUUCUCGGUCCCUGACAUGUUGUUCUCUGAAGUCAACGUCAAUGGAACCUGUGUAGCAAACGGUAACGGCUACGAAGACUACCACGUUAGAAUGCUGGUUAGUCAAAUGGUCCUGGGUUUCAUAAUUCCUGCCCUUGUCAUGGGGUUCUGUUACAUCUGCAUCAUCAAGACUCUCAUCCAAGCUAAGAACUUCGAGAGGAAUAAAGCAUUCAAGGUCAUCAUUGCUGUGGUAGCAGUCUUUGUGUUCACCCAACUACCCUACAAUGUAGUCAUGGGGGUGACCUCCCAAGUAACAAUGGAUUGCCACAAAGACAACAGCCGACUGUACGCUCUAGAUGUGACAAGGGCCAUGGCCUUCUUGCGCUGCUGUCUGAAUCCAUUCCUGUAUGCUUUCAUUGGGGUAAAGUUUCGCAAUGAUCUUCUGAAGCUAUUGAAAGACUUGGGCUGCAUCAAGAAAAGCCAUCUACUGUACACUCACUGUGGUAAACGAAGAUCUUCUGUUGGUCUGGACACCGAAACCACCACAUCAUUUUCUCCCUGAAUGUUCUAAAUCACUUGAGAGAGAUCAUAGUCCGAAAAUUUUUUUUGUCUUUUACGUAACUCACUUAAGUAGUACAGUGUUAAACUGUUCAUUACCUCCAUGUAGGGAAUACUGCCAAAGGAGGACUUAAAUAUUAUACUGUUCAUUUUUUCUAUGCAGUGUUAAUUGUAAUUUAUUGUGCAAAGUUGAGCAAAAACCUGGUCCUGCUUUUCAACAAAGAGCUUUUGACUUAUUUUUUUAUUGCCAUUUUCAAAGAGGAAAAUCACUUUCACAUCUCUGUUAUAUGAUAUAGCCUUGUUUUAUGAAUUUGACUUUGUUACAUGUACACUUGUACGUACUUAAUGUACAUAAUAUAAGACAUAUGGUCAAUUAACUUAAAAUCAACUAGCAACACAAUCCUCUGUUAUGGCUGAAUGAUGGCUCUUUGAAAUAUUCUUUCACUUUUCUCUUUUCUGAGAUGUCAUGUAAAACUGAA